AGACUUAAAAAAGAUUAUCAAUGAAACACCCAUCUUUUUUCUUCUUUUUUUUUUUUUUUCUCUCCGCAAAACACACUUUUCUUCUCUUUUUUUCUUCAAUGAGUUACGCUGCCAAUUGGUGGAAAGACUUUGCACAAACUCAUGAGAAUCUUAAACACUCCAUUGCUGGUGCAGGCGCUGGUAUUAUAUCGUCCGUUGUUACUUGUCCGCUCGAUGUAGUGAAGACUAGAUUACAGAAUCAGGGCAGACAAGAGGUUGGUGUUGUAGAAUAUAAAGGCACCGUUGGUACGCUUAAAAGAAUUAGACUGGAAGAAGGGUUUCGAGGAUUAUAUAGAGGAUUAGGUCCCACCGUAGUUGGCUAUUUACCUACUUGGGCGAUCUAUUUCACAGUUUACGAUUAUUGUAAAAUAGCUUGGGCAAAAGAUCUUGGUCAUCCAGGCAACGACUGGAUGUUACAUAUAGCGUCCGCAAUGACGGCCGGUAUGGCAUCCACCUCAUUAACGAAUCCUGUUUGGGUGAUUAAGACUAGAUUUAUGUCACAAAGUAAGCGAUCGCCAAACAGAUACAACAAUAUAUUCGAUGCAUUUUCCACUAUUGCUAGAAAUGAAGGUAUUCGAGGCUUUUAUAAAGGAUUAGGACCAUCGUUAAUCGGUGUUAGUCAUGUGGCGAUCCAAUUCCCUUUAUAUGAAAAGUUAAGGUCUUCCUUGUCAGAAGCAAACGUACAAUCAGAUACUGCAAACAUAUUGCUGGCUUCUGCUGUAUCCAAAAUGGUAGCGAGUACAGCAACCUAUCCACACGAGGUAAUCCGUACAAGAUUACAAAACCAACUGGUCAAACCAUAUAAAUACAAAGGUAUAUGUCAUGCUAUUAAGGUGAUUUUAUAUGAAGAAAGUAUUCGAGGGUUCUAUAAAGGCAUUUCAACCAACUUAUUACGCACCGUACCUUCAUCAGCCAUUACUAUUCUUACAUACGAAUUAAUUGUUCGAAAAUUGGAUCAUUUGAAAGAACUGUAAAAAAACAAAAAUAUGCAUGUACAUAUACCCUUUUUUUUUUUUUUUUUUUCUCUCAUUUAUUUUUGCAUAACAAUGGAAUAAAGUUUAUCAACGGGGGUAAAAAAACAACGCCCUUAGUAACUA